GAUCGCUUACCUUCCGACUCUGCGUUGCUUCUUGACGUUUGUGGGCGUGAUGAAGGGAGCUGAAUGAAAAAAACCCUGUCGUCGAACUUCUGUUUUCUGUCGGACAAACCGAGACCUCAGUUCUCAUCCAAAUCGAAAGGCCUUUCCUGUUUCGUUUUGUGACAAUCGACAUGUACACCGGCAGCUCAAGUGAUCAUGAACGUCAAUCGAUCCGACCAAGUUUGGCCGACCUCGCCAGUGACGAUUUCUUCGAGAAACUUCAAGUCGAAGCCAACCAGCUUAGAAAUACUCAAACCUUCACAGCGAAUAACAGUAAUCCGAAUGCCUUACCUCCUCUUGGAUCCAUCCGGGCGAAAGCUGAACCUCCCAGUGCUUCGACGCCCAAAAAGUCGCGCUUUGCUCAGCAACGAGAAGCUAAGCUACAUUCAAGCCAAUCCUCGGACAGCAAUUUGCCCGUCCCAACUGGCCGGUUCAACUUCGACCUCGGCUUGGAAGACAAUGAUAGCCGAGAUCGCUCGCAAGCCAAUGAGACCGACUCUAAAAGCCCGCCCCCUCUGAUGGCAGAAAUCGUGGAACGCUCUUCAAGCACAUCAAACCCACCAAACAAUUGUUUCGAUCCGAAUUUCCGACCAGAUGCUGUUUCGGCUGUGAAGCCUCCAACAUUCAACACUCCGCAAGCUUCGGUUCCACCCUGGGAGCUUAGACGAUUAGCUAGUCGUCACUCUUCUCAAAACUCUCAACGGACAUCCAUCGAAAAACCUGAUUUCCCAAUGACGCAGAACCAACAUAGCAGUGACGUUCUUCCUGGAGGGUCAGCGAAGGAGCCGUUUAAUGAGACGGAGAAGCGUCAAAUCUCGUCGGAAAAUGAAGCCUUGCUCUCGCAAAUGAGUCCCGAUGAAAUUCUCCGGGAGCAAGCGGCCAUCAAGGCCCAGUUGAUGCAAUCUAAUCCGGAUUUAUUGGCCAAACUCCUUACGAAGUUUAAGAAACAAACGCCAAGCCAUCAAGUUCCGACAGAUAUCCUCACUCCCCCCGCUCCAGAUAUCCCUACUCCCCUCGCCCCGACUCCCAAGGAACAGAAACAUGUGCGCUAUGCUCAAGAUGAUGUGAUACCAAUCGACUCCCCAUCCCCUCAAAAGGAGAAAGGCUCUUGCAUGCCCAACCAACAUAUUAAGCCCAAUUCUGAUGGCUCAAAUGACUGUUCUCAGUCUAUACCACUGAGGUUUGACUGGAAUGGCGUGCGAGUAAUCGAUCACGAGGAUCCUCAUCAAGUCGACCGUUCGUCCGAAGAAAACUUACACGUUCAUCACACUAGUACUUACACCGUCAGACAGUUGCUCCGACUCAUCCUCUCUUCUGUGCCCUCUCAAAGGAUCAUGGGUUUCAAGAUCGUCACCCAAAUCGUCGUCCGGUACUUCGAGACAUCGGGACAUGGCCUUGAUGAUAUCCAGCUGGCCCUUCUAACUGAAGAGCUCAACGGCGCAAGCUUGGAAAUAAUGACGAUCGCCGCGCAAGCUACUCGUGAGCGGAAUUUGGGAAUUGCAACAAGUGCACUGACCUUAUUAGGCUCAAUUCUUUCAAAGGCAUCCGCGGCUCAAAGCAGCAGCUCAAAGCACAAAUGCAUCGUUCAGCCUGCUUGGAUCGAGGAAUUAAUAACCCAAACCACCAUCUUGGCCGACUUUCAUUCCCACCUCCAGUACCAAGAAUUGCCAAGGCUAUCGUUGACUGCCAUCGUUCAGAUUCUUCGUGACCUGAUCAUAUUAGGAGAUUCAGCUAAGGUUUCAGAGGAAAUUGUUAAGAGGCCUUCUUUUCUAGAGCUCCUCAUUCAAGUCCUCAUCGCUGUUCCAUGGCCCCUGAACAGCAAAUCAAAGCUCGAGGUGCCUGAUCUAUCUGCUUUUGAGCUCCUUCUUGAGCUAUCAAAGAGUUCGCGAACUUGCAGUCGGUCAAUACUCGAUCGAGGCCUGUUGACACCAAUGCUAAGGUUCAUUGCACUACCAUAUUGGAGCCUAGUGGGAACAUCUGAGAGUGCUACCGAAGGACUAAUCCCGGCACCAAACGACCAUGUCAUGGGAGUACUUAUCCGUUCCAUGUGCUAUCAAUUUGAUUUGAUCUCAGUUUUUGCUGGUUAUGGGUUGGGUGCUAACCUCAGGACGACUCUCGAUCCACUACUGAGAACUACUACAAUCGGAUUACACAACAUCCUCAAAGACGCAGUCUCGGGCUCUUCUUCCGUUCCUCCAUGCCGAGCCGCCCAGGAAUUCACACUCAUCUCAGCUUUCCUGAAGCUGCUCCAAAGCUGGAUCCAGUGUGCCGACGAUUCUCACAUCUGUGAUCCACCCCAUAGCAUCACAUGGAGUCAGGUUACAGAGUGGGAAUCAAGCAUCCUUGACUUUUUGAGGCUCUCUUCAAUAUCCAAUUCACGUUCUCCCGGCUCAAACAAAGUUCUUGCCUCCGCAUGCGACUCACUCUCAACCUACAUCGGAAGAUCGUUCACCAAAAAAUUGAGGAUCAGUGCUUGUCUUGUUAGUCUGGAUUUUGUGAUGCCUCAGCUCGAAUCCAUCUUUCAGACAAUCGCACAUAACGUAGUCAAUUCGUCUUACGAAGAUUAUCGAUCUCAAUCGGAAUCCUUCCAAUAUCAGCUGCUCAUAAGCUUCGCGAGACUGAAAACUUGCCUUUCUCGAAGUAAAUCCGAAGAACAUCCCUCCCUUCCUGCUACGCAUUUCCAGCAUGAUUUUCCCGACAAGACAUUUGCUCUAACGUGUCGAUUGGCCUUUGAUUAUGAAGAAUUGUCUUUGCUUCCAUGGGCGCUAUCGGUCUUUCACCCGAACGGUGAUAGCACAUCGGAUUUGCACAGAAUCUUGAUGGCCGGUCUGCUAGUGCGGAAUUCAGAUGGGAUAAUUGUUAGCGAUCUUUUGGCAGAAACCUUCAAGCGGUGCCAAUCAAGGGUCAACGCUGAAUGUCAAAAUUCCAUCAAGCCGUCGACACCAGUCAUCGACUUAUCCCGACUUUUGCCAAUAUUCAAUGAUUAUGUCGAUCAGUCCGCCCCGUCCACUCAAAUCUCAGAUCCCUCGCCCCAUCAGCUCCAAAAUCAAAUGAGUCAGAAUGACAAGUCCGCAUUCUUGCUAUCUUCAACAUGGCCUCUACUGGCGAUCGCUUUUCUGAAACCAGGACACUUAGCCUCAACCACCAUCACUUCCAAAAUCAAAUCCAGCGAGGUUGUCAGAGCAAGCUUCGCUAUGACUGUUGUCGUACAAUCCCUUCUGUGCGACAUGCAAAGCCGAUUUGAAAGUCUUUCGAAUAUCUUUCAGGCCUUACUACUCGACAAACUCUCGACAUGGAAGAAUGUGAUCACAGCCAUCAUCGCCACGACCUCUCAAACAUACUGUCUUGAUCAUCAGUCUACCGAGGAAUCAUUGGAAUCAGUUUUUGAAGAUGAAGCUUCUGCUCAGCUAAUCAUCCGUCUCAUGAAUAUUUCCCAUCAACAUCCUUCUCGUCGUUCCCAGUCAAAGGCUACCAAACCAAUGAGUCGAUCUGAAGUACUCAAAUUUCAAGAGUCAGAAGAUGGAGAGUUGUACAUGCUUUUCACCAACAUCCUGGCGGCCUUUGAUUGGGGAUCGUUUGGCAACCAUUCAUUCAUGCGGAUCUUGGUCCCCUUUCUUUCGAUGAAAAGAGGCCGAGAAUUCCGAGGGAAAUUGUUCAGUGACCAUGGGGAUAUCUUGAAAAAUAUGAGGAUCAGUUUGGGUGAUGUCUUUGGUGUAGAUGAUGAGGUUUGUGGGGAGAGAGUCGAAGUUGAUUAUCAGCAGCUUAAGGAAUACCUUUACCCUGUGGAAGAGAAUGCCCAAAUGCUUCAUCUGUUUGCCGAAUUCCUCAGCAAGCAUUCGACUCUUAUCAAUCCUAAAGACCAUCCGUUCUUGUUCCUCUACUUGAUCCACCAUCUGUCUAGUCAAAUUUGGAAUGUCAAUCUUGAGCCCCGACUGCGAAUGGACCUAUUGAAAGUGAUCCUAAGUAAGGCUCAAGACGAGCGGAUCUGUCGCGCCCUUUUACGUUACGAUCAACCAGCCCCUUCCAAUGAUCGCUCGGGAGCGACAUCUCCCUGGACUCUCCGGUUGACUAUCUUCGACCAAGAAUCAGAUGGGGAUCAUCUCGAAAAUCGCUGUAAACUUCUCUCGCUUCGAAAACUCUUCUCUUCUCUUCCUGGCGAUCAUAAUGCUUCUAUCGAUCGUCUCAGGAAAUUUGGCUGGGAUCUGCUCGAAACUCAGCCCUAA